AGGCAGAAGCGUGCGAUGGAGCCCGUCUGCUCCAUCCGGGGGGCUGUGGAAGCCAGCACCCUUCAGCAGGAGCGGCUGCAGGCCAUUGCGGAGAAGCGGAAGCGUCAGACAGAGAUCGAGAACAAGCGGCGGCAGCUUGAGGAUGACCGGAGGCAGCUGCAGCACCUCAAGUCCAAGGCUCUGCGGGAGAGAUGGCUGCUGGAGGGGGCCCCGGCCUCAGCCUCCGAGGAGGAGGAGGCCAUGAAGAAGCAGAUGCAGGAGGAUGAGGUGAAGACCAAGGAGCUGGAGGAAACCAUCCAGAGGCUGGAGAAGGAGCUGGAGACGCUGGAGAACAGCACCUCAGUGGCUUCCACCAAGGAGAACCUGGCAGAGGUGGCAGCGGCACCAGCCAAGGAGGAGAAAGCCGAGCCCGUCCCCAACACACAGAAGAGUCCCCUGGGUGCUGUCAAGGGCGGGUGUCUACCCUCUCCAUCUCCAGCCGAGAAGAAGGUCUCCAGCAGCCCCAUGAAGGCGGUGGAAGGCACUGACAUGAUGAAGGCCGCCAUGUACUCGGUGGAGAUCACUGUGGAGAAGGACAGAGUGACUGGGGAGACCAAGGUCCUGUCCAGCACCACCCUGCUCCCCCAGAACCACUGUCUGCAGGGGGUCAAAGUGUACGAGGAUGAGCUGAAAGUGGUGCAUGCGGUGAGCGCCGAGGACGGGGCCCUGCAGAACGGGGCGCACCCCCUGAGCUCCUCCGAGGUCGAGGAGCUCCUGCACAAGGCGGACGAGGCCACGCUGAGCGAAGGCACCGGGGCCAAAGCGGGCGAGGAGCCCGGGAGCGCAGCGGGCAGCCAGAAGGCGACGCCGAGACGGGAGAUCACGGGGCUGCAAACCAAGGCACGGGAGAGCCCCGCGGCCGAGGGCACGGAGCCGAGCCGCGAGCAGCCCGUUACCAUGAUCUUCAUGGGCUACCAGAACGUGGAGGACGAGGACGAGACCAAGAAGGUGCUGGGGUUGGAGGGCACCAUCAAGGCCGAGCUGGUGGUGAUCGAGGAUGCCGAGAGCAAGCCGGAGCCGGCGCUCAAGGACCACGCACCCCCCAACGGCACCGCGCUGGAGCCCGCGGCAGCGCAGCCGCUGCGGGAGGAGAGCCCGGGCGGGCAGAACCCGGGUGCCAACGCCACGGAUGCCAAGGAGGCCGAGCAGGACACGGACGUGAAGAAGCAGCGCUGCAAGUGCUGCACGGUGAUGUGAGCCCCCCCUUCGCCGAGACCCCGCCGCCCCGGCCCCCCCCCGCUCGCCAGGCCCGUGCCGGGCUCCUUCCCACCGGACACGGACCCUCCUCCUGCAGCACCGACACGGCAGAGCUGCAGCCGCG